AUGGCAUUAGAAUCAUAUUUGGACAUUAAAAAUCUGAAUUCGAAAGUAACUGUGAUUGGAAGUAAUCCAGUAAGACGUGAAUUAGUGUUUGGUUUUGAAGAUGGAUCUGUCCAAACAUAUGAUCCUGAUACAGGUAACAUGAUUACAAAUUGCUAUAAGCACAGAGGAUGGGUUACUGCUUUGUGUGCGUUUCCUGAGGCUCGAGCUUUUUUCUCAAGUGGCAAUGACUCAACAGUUGUAACAUAUAAUGCCAUUGGUACUCCUAUUGAUAAAUUGAACAUCGGUUCUGUAGCUUAUUCUAUUUGUUUUCAUUCUCGUUUAAAACAAGUCAUUUUCGGUAUACCAGAAGGUAUUCAAUUUCAUUCCUACGAACUGAAUAAUGUAACUGGUCAAAUUAUUAAUUCUAUACCAUUGUAUAUAAUAUGUGAACAUGAAGAUAUAACUACAGGUGUAUUAAUGCUCGAUAAAUUAUAUUCUGUUGGUUUUGAUGGAAAAUUAAUUAUCUAUGAUUGUCCAUUUGGUAGUUCACCAUCGGUGUCAAAAAAAUUAGACCAGGCACAUGAUGCUGGAAUAACCUGUUUAAUAGCACAAAAAAAUUCUCUAGAUAAUAAUGAAUGGUUAAUGACAGGUUCAUUUGAUAAGUCAGCAAAAGUAUGGAGUCUUGAUGGAAAACUAAUUUUUAAAUUUGUUGAUUUUACACAACCCGUAACAGGAUUAACGUAUGUUCAUGCAACAAAAACUGUUUGGAUAGCUGCUGGUAACAGUUUUGCUCAUGUAUAUGAUCCAAAAAACGGUGAAAAUGUAUCAAGCUUUAUCGAUACAUUUCUCAGCGUUGAAGAUAGUGAACUUCGCUAUAGCUAUUUUCUUAUUCUUCUUCGAUAUGUACCCGAAUUAAAUGUUCUUAUUGCUUCAACGAAUCUUAAACAAUGUCUUGGAUGGCGUUAUAAAAAUACUGGUUGUAUAUCAUGUUUGAAAGUAAAAUCACCAUUAGAAAGUGUUUGUUACACCAAAAAGACACCAAUAUUGAUGUUUGCAGGAGAUUCAGAAGGUGAUGUAUACAAAUGGGAACAAAUGCAAUCGAAUCAAAUAAUGUAUUCAAGUGAACGUUUACUUAAAUUUGAAGGUAAAAAGAAUCUAAGUGAUGUUAUGGUACACGCUAUAUCAUUGGGAGAUACAAAAACUAAUGCUGAUAAUAAUAAUAACAAAGAAUCGACCACGAAUACAAAACGACUUGCAUCAGCUAAUCGUAUUAAAACAGUUGAAGAACGUUUACCAGCCUAUUAUAUACGUUCACGUUCGGCAGCUAAAAUACGUGAACGAGAACGUGGUAUUGGCGGCUAUGUAUCACAAUAUGCUCAUUUGCAAAAGAAAGGCGAUACGAAUACAUUAAGUAAUAUAAAAAAGACAGCAACAGGAAAAUCAAUUCUACGAAUAUUACUUGUGGAAAAAUUUGAUUUAAUUAUCGCAGCUAGUGAAGAUAAAAAUAUUUAUAUUUGGGGCUUUGAUUUAGAAGCAUUAAAAGCAUUAACAACAUUACGCGAUCAAGCGAACGAUCUUAAUCAUCUUCCCGAAGAAGGUGCGGAUGUUGCCAAUCGUGUUGUUGGUUUUACGUUACGUAAAAUAUUUAGUGAACACGAAAGUCUUGUUACAUCAUUGGCACUUGUUGAUGAUGUUGAUUCGUUUGGUGGUGUUUUUCUACUUAGUUCUGGAUGGGAUCGACGUAUAUUUAUUUGGGAUCUGACUCAUUUCAUUCUUUUUUCUCAAUAUACAAAUCCUAAAGCAGACCAUGUUGACGAAGCUCAAACAGCAUCACAAGGAAAUAUUCAUGAUAUGGAUUAUAGUCCACAUUUAAAAUAUUUUGCUUAUGCUUCAAGUGAUAUGUGUGUUUAUGUUCGAAAAUUUUCACCGAAAGGUUCUGAAAUGGAUCUUAUGUAUAUACUUCAAGCUAAAAUUGACUCCGAAGUAACUUGUGUCAAAUGGAAUUUCAUAAUGAAUCAAUGGGUUACUGGAAUGGAAAAUGGAGAAAUUCGAAUAUGGGAACCUGAUGGUGAAUUUAAACAGGCGAUUAAUGUUCGAGGAAGUGUACAUAAAAUUGCUAUUGAUGAUGUUCAAAAAGCACUUUUAAUUGGUACUCAGGAUACGCUGAAAGUAUUUGAUAUGGAAGAAUAUACAUGUGUACAAACUAAUGAAGGACAUACAGAUGUUAUUCGUGAUGUUUUAUUCAUUCCGGAACGAAGUCAAUAUAUUACUGUAUCAUUGGAUCAUACGAUGCGUAUAUGGAAUGCUUGGUCACCUGAACCAUUUCGAAAAAAAGUUGCUGAUAUUGAUCCGAAAAUAAAGUUUUCCGAAGAUCUUUGGGAACAAAUUCGUAAUUGUGUAAAAAAUUCAAUUGAAGUUGAAGAUGCAAAUAGUAUUGUCGAUAAAUAUUUUCAAAAACAAUAUGAACAAAAACAUUUAUCGAUUCAUGAUGAUCAUCCUCGAGCUCAACAAGUGUCCUUUUCUAAUCCAUGA